GCGCGUGGGAGAAAGCGGCGGCCCGCCGGAAACGCCCCUCGAGCGCCUGCCAUGGCCGCCGCGCGGCGGCGCCUGAAGGAGGCCGCCGUGGUCCUCGGGGGUGGCGGCCUGAUCUUUGCCGCGCACCUGGUGGCGAGCGGCGAUGAGCGCUUCUACCGCCAGUGGCUGAUGCCGGGCCUGCAGCGCGUGGUGGGGCCCGAGACCGCCCACCGGCUGGCGGUGCGCCUGCUCGCCUUGGGCUUCGUGCCCCGGCCCGGCCCGGCCGACUCGGAGAUCUUGGAGGUCCGGGCUUUCGGGCGGCGGUUUCGGAACCCGCUGGGGCUGGCCGCUGGGUUUGACAAGCACGGGGAGGCGGUGGACGGGCUCUUCAAGAUGGGCUUCGGCUUCGUGGAGGUGGGGAGCGUCACGCCGGAGCCCCAGGAAGGCAACGCCAAGCCGCGGGUCUUCCGGCUGCCCGAAGACCAAGCGAUCAUUAACAGGUACGGGUUCAACAGCCAGGGCCACGCCGUGGUGGAGCGCAGACUCCGAGCCCGGCGAAUCGCUCAGCACCGGCUCAGCAAAGCGGGAAUGCCCCUUGGCAUAAAUCUGGGCAAGAACAAGUGUUCUGUGGAUGCAGCUGCCGACUACGUUGCAGGAGUUCGCGUGUUGGGUCCACUAGCUGAUUAUGUGGUGGUGAAUGUUUCCAGCCCAAACACACCAGGAUUGCGGGCUCUGCAGAGCAGAGCAGACUUGCACCUCCUACUUACCAAGGUUCUUGCUGAGCGGGAUUCCCUCCCAGGUAAGCACAGACCGGCUGUGCUGGUGAAGAUUGCACCAGACUUGACAAGCCAAGAGAAACUGGACAUUGCCUGGAUUGUGAGUGAGCUGGGCAUUGAUGGAUUGGUGGUAACUAAUACUACUGUGAGCCGUCCUGAGAGCCUUCGUGGGGCUUCUUGCAAUGAAGUGGGGGGACUAAGUGGAGCUCCCUUACGACAGCUCUCCACCCAGAUGGUCAGCGACAUGUAUUCUCUCACCCAAGGGCGAAUACCAAUCAUUGGAGUGGGUGGAGUCUGCACUGGCCAGGAUGCCUUGGAGAAAAUACGGGCAGGGGCCUCCUUGGUCCAGAUGUAUACAGCCCUCACAUACCACGGACCUCCUGUGGUGGGUACCAUAAAGCAGGAGCUUGAGGCCCUGUUGAGAGAACAAGGAUUCCAGAGUGUUCAAGAUGCUGUGGGAGCGGAUCACAGCCUUUGAGGAUUCCUGGCCAAGGAUUAGUGUAACAAAAGGGACCCAGGAGCUCCCUGGACCAGCAGCAAAAGAGGACAUGUGUCACUGGACAUCCACUGGCCACUUCCUGCCCUUCAUUAGUGAUGUUGGGGGGAAUUUAGACCUUUUUUAAAAAAAGGCAUGUAAGUGGGAAAUAGAUGUUUGUUAUCAUACAUCCUCUCCUGGGGAAGCAUAAAAGCUAAAGAAGCUCUCCUGAUGUGAUGAGACCGACGCAAGCAGUACCCCAGCACAAGAAGGUAAAGUCGGCGAGGAAUAUAGUAUCAGUGUUCCCUUUGGUUGAAUCUCAGUCUCUUUCCCCCAUAAGGUUGGGAGGUCUGUACCAUAUUGAGUAGAGGAAACCAAUUUUGUUAUUCAGAAGUUGUUUUGGAGAAGGCACACAACAGUUUUUAAAAAUAAAAUAUUACUGAGAUUGU